AAGGGAGGGAGAGGAGCAGCUUAAGCGAUGCGUUUUUUCUUCCUUGAGGUGGACAGUGGAGUGUAUCUGAAGAAAGAAAGAGAAAUUACCUCCCUCAAUUUAGACAUCGCAGCAACAGAGGACAGAAAUCUCUCUGGAGUGAGUGGACAAGCAUCUGCACGGUUCUCUCCUGGUGUGGGUUCGACUCAGCAGUGUCGAUGUUUCCAGUGAAACAGCCGUGGUUGUGUAAAGCGCUAGGUUGCUAUGACUGCUGCAUCCGCUGCCUGGGCGCCGUGCCCUACACCAGCCUGCUGGCCACCCUGCUCUGCUACACCGGUGUGGCACUCUUCUGCGGGGGAGGGCAUGAGGCGCUCACUCACACACGCACAUUCGUAGAGCUCUACUUCGCAAGGGACGUCCAGGAUUUCACUGUGCUGGCAGACUUUAUAAAAUAUUUCCAGUAUGUGAUCUACGGUCUGGCCUCCUUCUUUUUCCUCUAUGGAUUGUUGCUCUUGGCUGAAGGUUUUUACACCACCAGUGCAGUAAAGCAGACUUUUGGAGAGUUCAGGAGCACCAAGUUCGGGCGCUGCCUCAGCCUGACUUUUAUAAUCCUGACGUAUGUGCUCGCUGUGAUCUGGCUAGUUGUCUUUGGCUUCACGGCCAUUCCUGUGCUCUUCUUCAUUAAUAUGGAAAGCUCCUGUCACAAAGUCAACAUUCUGUCGGAAACCACCUUGUUCAACCAGCAAGCAAGAGUCUGUAUGGAUGCACGGAUGUAUGGGUUUCUUCCCUGGAAUGCUGUGCCAGGGAUUGUUUGUGGAAACACACUGGCAAACAUCUGCAAAACACCAGAGUUCUACGUGACCUAUGACCUUUAUAUCUGUGCAUUUGCUGGAGCAGGAAUCACCCUUCUUGCCCUGUUCAUUUAUGUGGUUGCCACCACCUACAACUACGCUGUUCUAAGGUUUCUCGGAAGAAAGGGAAUCCGUUGCUAGGUUCGGUGUUGCUAGGCCCACUUUCCUGUUGCCUGCGGCAGCAGUUUCAGUGGUCAUCACUGUGACCGGAGAGGAAACACAAAAGAGCUCCAUGAAGCCCCUGCAGAGUUCUGUCAUACAGAGCACAAACACACAUGAGCCACUGGUUUCAUGAGACAGAUUAGUACAAAUUACACUAAGGAAGAUUGACC